AUGCCUCUCAAUCAUGGUAUCGAGUUAGCGACAGAGGUAAACAACUCACAAACAAAACAGCAAAGAGCAGCACAAAAAGCCAUAUCGAGAUGGUUUGAUUCGCAUCCAAGUGAAAACGCUCCUGAUAUUUAUCAACCUGAAUGACGAGAGCGUAUUGCGUCGUGGCAGAAAUAUACAGACAAUACACCAUACUCCCCGAUGAUGAAUACUCCAGAUGGAUUCAGUCUAUGGUUAUCGGAACUUGGGUUCAGUAAAUUCUUCGUCGCGCAUCAUAUUGCUUCGAUAUCCUUAUGAAAUUUACUCCAAGCUCUUUACGAACUCGAUAAAGCCGUACGCACAGAUUUAGAUGCAGCCGUGAAGUGGAGAAAAAUGGCUCCAUUCACGUACUUGGCCUCACUAAAAGCCGAAGCGAAAUGGCAAGAUUCCUUGAAACAGAUGAAGCAUCGUAUACUACGUCUUGGGAUCUCGAGAGAUGAACUUGUCAAUCGUCUUUAUGAAAUACGCUGUUCAGUUGAUAAAGUAGAAAAAGUGCUCGCAGAAUUGAAGGAAACUUCCUGGAGAAUCUCAAGGAUGAAGUUUUCACUGAGGAAAUGCUGGGCGAGAGUGAACGAGCUGUGAAUUGGAGAUUCGAUGCAAUGGACAUCUCGUUUAAACUUUCCAGAGAAGAUUCUGAGAAAGCAAAGAAAACAGCAGAGAAUAAAAGAAUUGGUGAGAACUCACGCUAGAUGAACCCCGCUCUAAGAUCCAAUUAACUAAACAUACAAAAACUAGAAAAAGAACGGUAUUUGGAUACUCAAAUCCAUAAUAAAGAAAUAUCGUCGGAUUUUCACCCCGUAUGUCGCCGAGGAGUUCGUGGCGUAAUUUCAUGAAGGAUUAUGGUGGGUUUUCAUCGCAUUGUGAUCACAGACAAUGACCACGGCAACUAACAAACAUCUAGUUAUGAUCCUCAUCGAAGCACUAUUUAUCAUUUUGGUUGUUUAUCUUACCGAAUAUUUCAUGAUAUCGACAAUAAGGCCUCCUCAAUGAGCCUUUGGCUCAAUUUUUCUUUCUUUGUAAUUACCUAGGGUAUGAUGUACAUCAUCUCGAUUAGAGCUUAGAGUAAAGGAGGCAAUACCACAGUGUAUGACAGGGUAGCGUUUUGGGGAAUCUCAUAUCUGGCGGCAGCAGAUGGCUGGUACUAUUUGAAUCUGUAUUUCUUUGUGUAUCUUUGAAUUUCAAUACCCUUCUUGGUUUUCGAACAAUCUUUUGCGCGGAACCUGUCCUGCAUG